AUGCAAACGCUGGCAGCUCUUUGUUUGAUAGCCGAUUUGAGUGGGACAACUCUUGUUCUUCUUUUGACAAUCCCUGCGAUUCGGACGAUCCUUGAAUCUGUCAUCCAACGAUUCCAUGGAGCAGAUCAGUACUUGUGCGAAUUCUAUGUCGAUCAAGAUGGAGAAGCAGAUAGAACAUCCAUCAUCAGCGCGGAAAAGAAAGUUUUGCGGAUCCUCAUCAUAAUUUUCGUCAUAGGAGGGGUUAUGACAGCUCUCGUGCGGUUGCUGGUAUACGAGAAGAUGUUCGCGUUGGAUCUUUGGGCGCAGUUCCUGGUCUGGGCACUGAGCCAUGUGGCUACUAUCAACAGCAUUGGAUGGGAAGCAUAUGUUAAAUAUAAAACUGGUCGUCUGAAUCACGCCCAUCUUUAUUUGAUGUGCUUGGAAAUGGGAUUUGCCUUCCUCAGCGUUGCUUGCGACCUUUCCCUCCCACAACGCCCGGAUGUCUUUCGAAACGGAAAGGUGGUGGACCGCGAACGAACGGCAUCAUUGUUAAGCCGAAUGACAUUCGGUUGGACGACCAUGUUGAUUCGAUUGGCUUCUCGCAAGAAUGAUAUUCAUACUGAUCAUCUGCCGGAGCUGGAUUCCGAGACUCGCGCAAAGAAUCUUCAAGAGAGCUUCGCGCAGGCACAAGCCCAAGUGAUCUCAAACGGAGGAAGCUCAAAGUCUCUAUGGCAAGUGCUGUGGCGCUCAUAUCAUCGGCAUUUGCUAUGGCAAUUCGCUCUUUCACUGCCAGCGAGCUUGCUAGCAUUCGGACCUCAUGUUUCCCUCCUCAGAAUCCUCCAAAUCCUUGAAAAGCAAUCCGAAGGGGGAAUGGUAACAGCGGACCUGUGGCUUUGGGUGCUAGUGAUGGGUGUAUCUCUAAGUCUUUCUUCCUGGCUCGAAGCGUUCAUUGGUUGGAUCGCCUCCAACAAGAUUGCUAUCUGUGUAUACGAGCAACUUUCGGCUGUGCUAUUCAGCAAGUCAAUGCGCUCGAAUCGUCCAACUGACAGAAUGCGCAAAAGAGAUAACCUACAAAGCGCAGGACAAGACGAAGUCAAUCAGGGCACGCAGGUUGCUGUCAACCUGGUGGCCGUGGACGUUCCAAGAAUCGCUGGGAUUGCGACAUUCUUGUACAAUUUCCUUCUUGUGCCUCUGAAGCUAGGUGUUGCUUGUGUUCUCUUGCAGCAAGUUCUUGGCUGGCGAAGUCUCUUUGCGGGAAUGGCAGCAUUGGCACUUCUCAUGCUCUUGAACCAUGUGUGUAUGGCUAAGUACACUAAGGCAGGCAAAGACCUGAUGAUCUGUCGUGACCGCAAAGUUAUUACCUUGACAGAAGCCCUCCGAGGUAUACGACAAAUCAAAUUCUCUGCUACAGAAGACCAGUGGGGAGAAAGAUUGAGCCAACUUAGAACUGCAGAGUUACGGGCCCAGGCAACUAGCUUCCGAUGGAAUGUGAUAUGCUUCUCAGUUUGGGUUUUGGCCCCAAUUCUUUUAUCUGUUGCUUCGCUUUCCGUAUAUACCAUCAACCACGGUGGUCUGACUCCAUCCGUCGCAUUCACAGCAAUUUCUGCACUGACCUCCAUGGAGGUCGCCUUAUCUGUUCUCCCAGAACUCAUCACGAAUGCAAUGGAUGCAAUCAUAAGUAUGAAACGCAUUGGCGAAUUUUUGGAUGCUCCUGAGAAGAUAUCGACCACCAUAGCUUCCACUAGCAUUUGCUUUGACAACGCUACUGUUGCUUGGUCAGGUAGCAUCUCUGGUAACGGUUCGCCCUCAGAGACAGCCUUUGUGUUGCGGAAUUUGAAUGCACAUUUCCCUCGACAUGGUCUAAGCCUCGUCUGUGGCCGAACAGGUGCUGGCAAGAGCCUACUGCUGGCCACAAUCUUGGGCGAAAGUGAAGUUCUGGACGGUCAAGUCAAACGGCCAGCCAGAGAGACUUCUAGAGGCAUGUAUGAUAUCUCGGGUCGAACGCAAGAAUGGAUCAUAGAAUCCGUGACAGCUUAUAUCGCACAGGUGCCAUGGAUCGAGGCAGCCACCAUUCGUGAAAACGUCCUUUUUGGUUUGCCGUUCGAUGGUCAACGAUACCGGAAAGUCCUCUAUGCAUGUGCUUUAGUCCAGGAUCUGCAGAUUCUGGAUGACGGUGAUCUCACUGAGGUAGGACCGAACGGUGUGAAUCUGAGCGGUGGUCAAAAAGCACGAAUUGCCCUCGCACGUGGACUAUACAGUCGUGCUGGUAUACUGAUCAUGGACGACAUCUUCAGUGCAGUCGAUGUCCACACCGCGCAACAUCUGUACGAGCAUGCCUUAACCGGCGAGCUUGCAACUGGUCGCACUAGAAUACUCGCUACGCAUCAUAUGCGGCUUUGUCUUCCUCGCGUGGAUUAUUUGGUCAAUUUAGACAGCGGUUCCAUGAUCUUCGCCGGAUCAGUGGCUGAGAUUCAACGAUCUGGCGCACUUGAUGGUCUCCUAGGCAGGACAAUUGGAGUUCAUGAAGAACUCGGAAUUACCACGAACUCAGCAUCGUCAAAAUGCUUGGAUCAAUCGACACCCUGCCGUGAGACAUCUCGUAUCCGAGUGGCAAACCCCCCUCUCAAGCACCGUCCACGACGUCCUAAACAGUUUGUUGAAGAGGAAGGUCGCGAGAAGGGAGCCAUCGCCUUCAGUGUCUUCCAUAGAUAUGUUCAAAAGUGUGGCGGACGGUUGAAGUGGGUCAUGCUGGCCUUGUGCUUCACCAGUUAUACAGGGUUGGUGCUUGGGAAAGUAAAUUCUCCGACACCAAGAUAA